AUGAAUUCAAUUCCUAAAUAAAUUAAGAAUAUCCUAAGAGUAGAAAUUAUACUCAUUUCUGUCUUGAUUAUGUUGAACAUCACUUUAUAUUUCUUAAAUAUAGCUGAGAACAAAUUAAAAACUUGUUAAUUGUCAUUCAAUGCUAUAGAACGAUGUUAUAAUUUAGAUCAAUAAUUGAUAUACAAACAAAGAAUGACUAAGAAUUAAUGUGAUUAUUGCACUGUGUUAUUAUGGUUAAUGCCAUCUAAUAUUGUAAUGUUAUUUAUGAUGACUCUGAUAAUAAUUAAUAAAGGUAGAUAUUACAUUAAAAAUUUUAUGAAUAAAUUACAUUUAGUGGAAAUAAUCUAUUUUGGCUUGUAAUUUGUAUAUAAUCUUUUUAUACUAUUCUAUAUUUUUAAAAUGCCAAUAAAUUAAAAUUAUAGAACUAAAUUAUCACCCUUAAUAAUCUUAUUUAUUGAAUCAUUAAUCAAUUGUUUCAUUUGUAUAUUAAUAAGAAUAGAUUAAAUCUAUACAAUUAAUUAUUUACGUGAAACAAAUAAGAAAGAAACCCAAAUGUAAAUUUAGCUAUUAGUGUGA